AUGGCACAGUACUCGAGCUCGAAAUUGGACCGGCCAGAGCCUGGUCUGAUCAAGUGGUCACCGAACCCAGCAUACGACGUGUUUCUUCAUGUCAACUUACAGCACCGAGUUGUCCAGCUCUAUGAACCUACGGGGCACGUGCAGCGCGGCCAGUUUGACUACGAGAAGCUGUCAAAAUUCGAUGAGAUCCCACCCUUGAACACCUAUGACUGGUCACCAGCUCAUCCUGGCUUCGUCGCAGUCGGUACUGCCUCGGGUACCGUGAAUCUUCUCAACCUCCACGAUGCCUCCAAUCAGUACCUGGAGCAGAGGCUGAAGAUAACUCGGCCAUGUCAAGCGGUUGCCUUCAACACUGGCACUCUGCUGGCUGUUGGAUUGGAGCGGGUACGGAACGACCAGUGCCUCCAAGUUUGGGAUGUCAACCAUCUGGUCUCCGUCGAUUGGCCUUCUCUGGAGGGUUCAGAUUUUGGGGAGUCAGUACACCGCUUGGAGCCCUCUACCUCAGUUUCGAGUACCAAGUUCUUUGAGGAUAGCCCACAAACGUUGGUGGCUGGCAUCAAAAACCAGGGCAUCCGUAUUUAUGACCUGCGAGACCCUCAUGGCGCUGUCAUUAAUUACCAAACCAAGUGCAACAAUAACCUGGCCAUCGAUUACGCAGAUCCCAACUAUUUCGCUUCGUCAUCCCUGGACAGGCCGGGUGUCAUCAUAUGGGAUCGUCGGGCAACGUCAAGACCUUCAUCGUCGCCAUCGUACCUCGACGCUGUUGAUACCGAUGGCCUACCAUGGGGCGCUGCACUAAACUUAGAACGAGCAAUCGACAUCAAUCCCAGCAAUGUCCCAGAGAGAGGCUCGCUGAUCCGCUCACUACGGUUCUGUCGAGAUCAAGGGGGGCUCAUAGCUGUGCUCUCUAGGACGGGCCAGCUAAGAGUCCUAGAUACUAAAAAGGAGUUCACCGAACCCGAAAAGCAGUACGAUGGCAGCCCAGAGCUGCUGGAAACAAGAAGGUCUUACGAGCUGGACAUGGAAUAUGGGAGGCAGGACCGGAAGCAUGACCAAAUCGUGUCUUUCGACUGGGUCACGCUCGACUCGCCUACUCUGACACCCCGAGCAAUAGUACUGCGUGCAAGUGGAGCCUAUGACAUUCUUGAGAAGCCCUCCUAUACGUCAGAGCAUAUUUAUAAGAUGGUCCCCUGGCAAGCUCCGUACCGGGGACUUGAAGAGGGAAGUCGCUAUCACAGCAUCAUGCAGUUCGAAGCACCACAGUAUGCCGAAAUGAUGGGACCGCUCCUUCUACACGACGCGCUCAAAGAUAUACCGCUCUUCGGAGAGGAGGUGAAAUCUGUCACACAUAUCGUACAACAGAUUAUGCAAUCUCAUCCACCAGAGGCCGACCCAAUAAUAGACUCGGAGGCAAGAGACGUCUUCCCUCCCAUACCAAACACGGCAUCCACAGCAUUCACAGCAGAGACGCUACGUGGGCUCAGAGAUUAUUCAAACGAAACCCUCAACCUUCCGAAGACACCUUUCAGCAGCAAGCGGCAGCCGUCUACAAUCGAAAAGCUGGACAAGUCUUUAACAGAUCUGUCGGUGAAAGGCGUCGGACCGAUAUCUAAUCGAGAACUGCACGAAAAGCUGCUCGCGACGACACUUGAUACCGCGGGAUUUCCUAAAAUGGCGCAAGUCGUUCUAGACCACGUCAUGCUUCUUCGAUCCAAAGAGAGAUACCUAUUUGACUAUGCCGCGAAUAGAGAUAUAGUUUCUGAUGACCCUUGGUUAAGGGACCUUUGGGACUGGGUCGCCGGUGCUGCACAAGCCGCUUCUGAUGACGGUAUGAUAUCUCAAGGGAUCGAUCUCAGCUACCUGGGAAUCGUUACCAUAUGGAAACAUGACCUAGGGCUUCAGAGUGCAUCGAGGUUGGCGAAUGGGCCAACCCUGCCAGGUGCAAAAACGUGGGAGCGAUGCCUGCAAGCGAUCAACUCGAAGACUGCUCAGCCGAGUUACAACGGAGUAGAGACAAAGAGGCCGGCGCACAGGCAAGCCGCUAUUCGCAUGUGUAGGUGGGGCAGGUCUGUCUAUACCGACUAUAAUGAUUACGCCAAAUCAUCGCCAUCGGACAGACAUUCUUCGUGGCAUACGAUGGCGACAGCCCGUGCCCUCUUCGAAGGCGAUACCAAUGAGGCUGUGCAGAUCUUGAAGAGAGCGAGUACCGAAUACCCGGAGCUCUUGUUCGUCUCUCUCGCGCUCCAACUCAUAGGACGAGGCGAUAUUGGCCUCGCCAAAGAGCAGCUGGACUUCGAUGACGCAGUUGCUUCCAAGACUGAUCCGUACCUUCGGGCUAUUUCUUCCCUCAUUGCGACCAACAACUGGGAGGCGAUUGCGAAUCAAGAGUCACUACCACUCCGCGAACGUACCUACGUGGCACUGCGGUAUUUUGACGAUGAUACGCUUACUCGGUGGCUCGAUAAACAGCUAGAGAAGGCCGUAGAGACAGGCGAUUUAGAAGGGAUCGUGUUGACGGGCAUAACGGAUCGACUAGUCGACAUAUUUGCCAGUUACAUUGAGAAAUUCAACGACGUCCAGACAGCGACCCUGGUCCUGUCGAUCUGCUCACCGCGGUAUAUCAACGAUUACCGCACCCUCGCGUGGCGAAACGCGUACCGAGCAUAUCUUCAACGACACAAAGCAUUCAUGCAGCGCACAAAAUUCGAAGUUGAAAGCACGAAGAAGAGCAAGCGAGGUGGGGUCCCUACCAUCAAACCGCCAUCAAGACAGAUUGCCCUGCGCUGCGUAUAUUGCGAUGCCGAGUACGAGCUUUCGAAGACAGGAACAGGCCCUCCCUCGACGGCUCAGGGACAGGCCAACCCCCUUGCCGCGGCGAAUAUCAGUGCGGGCAUCAGCUGCCCCAACUGCGGUCGUCACCUCCCACGGUGCGUGGUUUGCCUCGAAGUUGUUGGCAUUCCCCGGUCCGAUAAACCUGAAGCGUCGCCCGAUCCGCAGAUCCGGGUAGCAGCCAAGUUCCCCACGUUCUGCCUCAAGUGCGAUCACGUCCUCCACUUGGACCAUGCGAGACAGUGGUUCGCUAGGCAUGUCGAAUGUCCUGUUCCCGAGUGUCGAUGCCGAUGUAAUUUUAGGGCCAAUCCAGAGCUGAGUUACCAUUAA